GUAAAUGAAUGUAAAGAGACAGAUGGAUAAAGAGACCUGCUGGUGGUGUUCAAAGUGAUCUGAGAUAACCAACCUCUGCUACCUGUAGAGCUGCUUCUAUUUUAAAGCUGUGAAACAACUGAGCCUCCCUAUAGAGUAAACCGGCUUUGUACAGAGUCACUUCUCUCCAGCUCCUCUUCAAGGCUUUUGGAAACGCUUCAACUUCUCUUGGACUUUUCAUGCGUGUCAUGGACAGCGGUCAUGUCGUUGUACAGCAGUAACUCAGAGAACAGCGACUAUGAUGGUGCAGAUGAGGGGAGAUGUCUGCCAUGUUCUACUUCUGGGGUCAUCUCAGCUAAGUUAACUGUUGUGGUUGGAGACACCCACUUCUCUGAGGAGAAGACGUUACUCAUUCAGAGCUGUGACUAUUUCCAAGCUCUUUAUCGCUCUGGGAUGAAGGAGUGUCGCCAAGAGGAAAUCCACCUCCAGUGUCUGCGGGCUCAGGGCUUCCUGAUCACCUUGGGUGUUUUACGAGGAGAAAUGCCCAUUCUGGAUGGUGAUGACAUUGUUGAGGCCAUUGAAUGUGCUGCUUUCUUACAAGUGGCACCGCUUACCAAACACCUCAUUAACCUCAUUGACUCAGAUAACUGUUUGCUCAUGUAUCACACCGCUGCAACCUUCGGUCUGAUGGACCUUUACCACGCCGCUGCGCUGUUCAUCAGAAACAUGUACAGCGAUCUGGAGGAAGAGCUCAGGAAAACGUUAGCGCCUGAGCUGAUCUCCUACAUAGAGUCUCUAGCCCCAAGUGUUUUUGUGGCUGUAGGUGCCCAUGUGACCUGCGGAGUUGACAAAACCGUACACGCUGCCUCCAGAACAGUCUGUUACUUGGAUGAAGCUGGAAAUAACUGGAAUGUUUUGACAGAUCUUCCACUAGAGGCCAGUACCUCUCUGGCUGGAGUGACAGUUUUGGAUAAUAAACUCUACAUCAUCGGUGGUGUUCAUGGAAUCCACAAAGAAGUCGUGGACACUUCUUUUUGCUACAGUGUUGAAAACAACAGCUGGAGCCAAAUUGCUAGUCCCGCUCAGCUGCGGUACAACUUCAGCCUCGUGGGCGUUGACAGUCGUCUUUACGCCAUUGGAGGAGAGUAUGAGCGGAUCAUGAUGUCGUCCGUUGAAACUUAUGAUGUUGAAACUGGGAGGUGGGCUUUUGUGGCUCACCUGCCUCGACCUGCAGCUGGAGUGGCUUGCACCAAAGCCAUGGGUCGGAUCUUUGUAUGUUUAUGGAAACCAAUGGACACUACGGAUAUCUAUGAAUAUGUUUUAGGGAAAAACACGUGGCAGCUGGUGACGACACUGAUCAGGCAGCAGAGUUAUGGCCACUGUAUGGUUGGACACAAAGACAAUCUGUACAUCAUGAGAAACGGACCCUCAGAUGACUUCCUGAGAUGCUUGAUGGACUGUUACAAUCUGACCUCAGGCCAGUGGUCAUCUCUACCAGGACACUUUGCUAACAGUAAAGGUUCACUCUUCACUUCUGUGGUGAGAGGUGACACAGCGUUGACAUUAAACAGAAGCAUGACCCUUGAGUACACCAUAGAGUGUAAAACUUGGAAGCCCCGACGACAGAUGAAAGGUUUCCCCAGAAGUGGAUCUGUGUGGACUUUUCUGCUCAGAUUGCCCGAAGCUCUCAUGCUUCAGUAGUGGCCCAACAUUGUAAAAUCCAUCAGACUUUUCACAUUUAUAGGCUUAUUUUCUUCAAAAAUUUUCUUCUGUAAAUGUAAAAAAAAAGUGUGCACACUGAAAAAGUGUCAAAGGUUCAGUGCGUAAUGUU